AUGCCAUUAACCAACACAUGGCUUCCAAUUAAGUUUUGAGUGCGUGACGUCAUCUCCAUAUUUUCGUUGAUAACCGUUCACAGGAUAUCUCUCUGACAUUUUAAACAUUCGCAUAUCAAAGUUCAGAUGCUCAUUAGCCGAAUUUCCAGAGAUGAACAACACCACAAGCCCUCCUCAAACGUUUCCCAACCUUUCGGAGAUAACUUUCACUGUAUUCAUGAUUCUCAUAUCACUGAUCGGUGCCGUGGGGAAUACAUUUGUCAUUGUCGCUGUCUUGGUAAACAAAAAGCUCCGAAGUACUACGAAUAUUCUGAUUUUGAAUUUGUCCGUCGCUGACUUUUUCGUGUGCUUCGUGGCUAUCCCGCUUCGAGUUCUGGCGGGAAUUGUUCGUGGAUUAUUAUCGUUUAUUGAAUGUCCUUUCAUCUUGUCAUUGACGAUUUUCUUCGAUGGUGCGUCGCGAGUCAACACACUCUUGAUUGCACUGGAUCGUUUUGGUGCUAUCAAGUGGCCUUUUCUUUAUAUAUCUGUGGUGACAAAACGCGCUCUUUCUUGGGUGGUUUUUCUUUGCUGGACGAUUAUGCUCAACAUUGGACUUCUGCCUUUAUUUGGUGUCGGUUUGAAGACAAAACCUUCCACGAGUACAAUGUGUUUUUUCUUUAAUAACCUGUCUACCGAAUUCAUCUGUUUGUUUGUCUUCGCAUUUUGCAUUUUCCCACUCAUGCUAAUCAUCCCAAUCAACUGCUUCCUCUUCAGAACCAGUUUUAAGCAGAUGAAAAAGAUUCACGAGCAAAAACUAAGUUUGGGAAUAAUAAAUCCUGCUUGCACAGCUGUCAAGGAAAAUUCAAAUGGCAACAUAGAAAAAGAAAACCAAAAGAUCACGUCAAACAGUAAAGCCUCAACUAGUUUAAGAGUGUUAGUUAAGCAAAGUAGAGUAGCGAAAAUGGUGACUAUUUUGAUAGCAAGCUUUAUAAUUCUAGUUACACCUAUUAGCAUGAUCGAUCUGAUUCAAACAUUUUAUCCUGAAGUUGAUAUUCCUCCGUAUGUCUCAAAAAUUGCAGUCGGAAUGAUCUACUUAAAUUCAGCGAUUAAUGUCUUCAUAUAUGCGGGAUACAACCUAGAGUUUAGAAAGACGUUUUAUUUCAUGUUUAGACGAACAAGAGAGCAGUUCUCUAGCGAAGUCGGGCCUUCAUCUGUUUCGGGUGUCAGAUUUACAAAAACUGGGUCCAAAGAUGGUGAAAAAAACAAUGUCCAACUGUUGUCGUUCAAAACUAUACCAAAUCUCUGAUCACUUAUGUAAAUAAAUAUUUAUUCUAUAAAUUAGGAAUUUUU